AUGGAAUUAGCGAAUCUUCCUCCUGCUACAGCUCGAUUGGCCGUCGAGCUACAGCUCGCAGACAUCAAUGCGGUCAUGCAAGACUUGGGUGCGGGAGACGCGUACGCAGCUUUCGACGCGAUGCAAGCAGGGCUUAAAGCGGCCCUGUCGCUGCUGCAAGAUCAAAUCUGUGCCAUGGAGAUCCUCAGAGCCGACCAUGACGACCGAGUCCUCUUCGAGAAUCUUGUCCUGGAGGAAAGGCAGGCGGAGCAGGAUCACGAAAUGGCGCGUGGAAUGUGUGAUGUCACUCAUGGUGGGACCGGACAUUCGACUCCAAGACCAGCAGAGUGCUUCGAGGUGCAAGAGCCAUGGCUGGACGAUACCUUUCAAGAUCCUGAUGCAAGACUUGGAGGCGCCAUAGCAGAAGAUUAUGUCGUCAAUAUUCCAGAAGACACUUUUAUCACCUAUCUUGGUCACGGCGUCCAACGGGUUCAGCAAGUAACUGACGAUCCGGCAGCUAGCUAUGCCGAAUCAUCCACCCGACCAGUGGGCAAGGGCAAAGGGAGAGGCAAAGGGGCUGUUGACGAUCAUGUGACACAUACGUUCUGUUCAGCCUGUAUGGAGCAGUUCACGCGCUUCGAUGUGCUAGAACUAGGCUGCAAACGCGAGGACGAUGAUACCUACCACGCUUACUGUAGAAGCUGCCUCGUUGACCUCUUUCAAACGAGCCUCACGGACACGACACUCUUCCCGCCACGCUGUUGCGGCAAAUACAUACCGGUACUUGCUUGCGUGGAUCUCUUGCCGCCAGCGCUAGUGAAGCAAUAUCAAGACAAGCAGCUUGAAUUGGCAUCGCCAAAUCCAGUGUAUUGCAGCAAUCGGUAUUGUGCAAAGUUCAUCAAGGCCGGAGACGUCGCCGCUGAUGUUGCGCCGGCAAAAACCGGUGGCAACGAUGUCCGCGGUGUAGGACUAUGGUCGAACUACUCGUGGGCUGUUAUCAUAUGCGAUGCAGGUGCGGUGUGGGACGAGAAUCGCCUUCUUUCUGUCGACCAGAUGCUUGACGAGCCAGGGAACGAGAUCGCAAUGCCGGAGGAACAAGAGACGUUAGAAGCGGACCCCGCUCUUGACGUCUUGAACGACCUGCAAUUGCGGGUUGCUACUGUUGCUGGGGGCUUUGCCAUAACGAACAACGAGGAAGACGCAGGUUCUGAUGGUGAGCAACUUAUCGAUUCCUGUCAGCAUCACUGGAAACGAGCGUAUGGCAAAGACGGCGAUCUCGAGAUUUACGAAGGUUUGUAA